AUGGAUAGUCUUAACCCUCCAGCCUAUGAUGCAGAAGAAGACUUAUUACGUCAUCAAAAACAAUAUAGUCAAAUGGAUAAAUUAAUAAUUCCAAUAGAGAUGCGUCAACAGCCAGUAUCAACCGGAACAACAAUUGUUGCUGUGGAAUAUGAUGGCGGUGUUAUUCUAGGAGCUGAUACUCGUACAUCAGCUGGCUCGUUUGUUGUGAACCGUUUUACCGAUAAAUUAACACCAUUAACAGAACAUAUUUACUGUCUACGUUCAGGAAGUGCAGCUGAUACGCAAGCUAUUUCACAAAUUGUUCAAUAUCAGUUAGAAUUUCUAUCAGCUGAAAUGAAUGAACCGCCACUAGUAAAAAUUGCUGCUAACUGUGUAAGACGAAUGAUCUAUCAGUAUCGAGAUGAUUUCGUAGCUGGAAUGAUUGUUGCUGGUUGGGAUAAAAAGCUUGGAGGGCAAGUUUAUUCUUGUCCAUUGGGCGGUCUAUUAGUUCGACAAUCAGUUUCACUCGGUGGCUCCGGUAGUACUUAUAUCUGGGGCUUCUUGGACAAUAACUUUAAACCCAAUAUGACAAAACAAGAAUGUUUAGACCUUGUCUUAAAAGCAAUCACACUGGCAAUAACACGUGAUGGUUCAAGUGGUGGAUGUGUACGUUUAGCUGUGAUUGAUGCCAAAGGCGUUCAAAGAAUUGAUGUACUUGGUAAUGAAUUACCGAAAGUUUAUGAUCUUUAA